AUGCGUUUCGUCACCUACAACAAAACGAGAUUUUCUAGGCGUCUUAAACAGAUCAUUGGAAGCAAACACAUUAAACAGAAGUCGGUCUUGGCUUUUAAAGAGUUGAUUGAAACAGAUCCUGAAGUAUACAUGCUCUUUUCAGAUAUGUUUUCCGAACCUCCAGCGGACAGUUCGGACAAUCCAAUCAAAAAUUACAUGGAUAUGCUUCGAAAGAUGGACGCCAUCAUCGGCGCAGCCCCUAAGUUCCAGUAUAAUAGUGAUGAUGAUGAUGAUUACCAAGAUCCAGCUAAACCAUUUGGUAACAUUCUUGUGUAUGUAGUUGCAACGCCUUCCGGAAGCAAAGCUUUUAUUAGCGAUAAAGUCAACAAGUGUUUACGAGAUAUUCUACGAACUUGGACUAAAUUCCUUGAUAGUCCUCAGUCAAAAUUGGUUUUGAACAAAAAGGAUGGGUGGCUGUCGCCUGAAGCUUUGAAAAGGAUGCCUGGAUUUAUGGACAAAUUUCCAUGUGAUAAAGAAGACGAGUACUGUGGGUACAAAUCGUGGAACGACUUCUUCUCCAGGAAGUUCAAACCAAACGUCCGACCAAUCGCAAACCCUGAUGAUCCGUACACCGUAGUUGCUGCGUGUGAGGCAAGCCCGUAUUAUAUUUCCAAAAACCCACAGCUUCGUGAUAAAUUCUGGAUCAAGUCACAGCCGUACAGUUUGCAACAAAUGUUAAAUAAUGAUCCUUUGAGUGAAACCUUUGUUGGAGGUACAGUGUUCCAGGCGUUUCUUAGCAGCAGAUAUUAUCAUCGCUGGCAUGCACCGGUUGGUGGAAAAAUAAAAAGAGCCUUCAUAAAGGAAGCUGCGUUCUACGCCGAUGCUUUAAGAGCAGGCUUUGAUCUAACGGUUGGCCAUUUGUCUCAACGCUACAAGAGUCAUGUGAAUACUAGAGCCAUUAUCCUAAUUGAUACUGGUCUUGAGAAGAUUGGUACAGUUGCCUUUAUUGCUAUCGGCAUGAGUGAAAUAUCGAGCUGUUUGAUCGAGGUGAAAGAGGGGCAGACGGUGAAGAAAGGUGAUCAGCUUGGAAAAUUCCAAUAUGGCGGAUCCACGUACUGUCUUCUGUUCCAGAAAGGUGUGAAAGUAAAGUUUGCUGAUGAAUCUCUCCCCGCUGAUUCCGCGAAUUGGAGUCCAUGUCAUAAACAGCUGGUCAGAAGUAAAAUUGCCACAAUUGAACAUUGA